AAUCAGACAACCCUCAACGUCUUCCCUCUAGAGAGAGAAAGGAGAGAGAGAGAGAGAGAUGGCAUCGUCUUUCUCAUCUAGGGCGGCGGCGGCGGCUAAGGUGGCCGGACCCGCCGUUCGCCGGCAAGCCCUAGCCCUAACGGAUGCCGCCGCCGAUAGGAUACGCCAACUCCUACAGCAGCGCCAACGCCCUUUCCUCAAGCUCGGCGUCAAGGCUCGUGGUUGCAACGGCUUAUCCUACACCCUCAAUUAUGCAGAUGAGAAACAGAAGUUUGAUGAGUUGGUUGAAGACAAAGGAGUGAAGAUAUUGAUUGACCCAAAGGCCCUAAUGCAUGUCAUUGGAACAAAGAUGGAUUUUGUUGAUGACAAACUCAGAUCUGAGUUCAUAUUUAUCAAUCCGAAUUCUAAAGGCCAGUGCGGCUGUGGAGAAUCUUUUUUGACAACAAGCAGUAGUGCAAAAAGUGGCUAAGCGGCCCGGUGGUAGUUCAGGAUCAUAAAUAUGAUAAGUUUGCAGUAAUUGAAUAAAUGCUUUCAACAACCCGUGUACUUAAGAUAACAUAAACAUUGACUACAUAUGUCUAAUUUGCAAAGAAAACAAAUUUUAUGACUUAUAGACGACCGAGGAUGACUUGCUUACUGAGUUUGUCUUUCGGAAAUCUGUUGGUGACUGUGAUGUAGAUGUUCAUUAUGUUUAAGGUGGUGCCUUUCAGUUUGCUUCCUCAAAUACUCUCUUGUAAAAUGUUUUCUUUUUUGUUCUAGGGAUGUACAUUUACAUUACACUCAAUGUUAAUAUAUGAAUACAGAAAAUCCCCUUCCCUUU